AAUCUCUAUUUUAAUUUGAAUCACCAAACCAAAAUUCAGAGUCACUUCUUCUUCUCCUAUUGCCUUCUCCGCCGCUCUCAAAAAACUCAGAAAAAAAUAUGACCAACGAAACCACUGAAACAACAACAAUGGUAACUUCUCAACAAGUUGUUGAAUUUUCAGAGCCAUCCAAAAAACCCAUUAUCCCUUUCUUUCCCAAUUUCAAUUUCAACUUCCAAAUUCCUCAGUUUCCAUUCCCACAAUUCCUACCAAAAAAUCAUCGUCAUGAUGAUGCUGGUGGUGCUGAUAAAAACAAUGAAACACCACAACUGCAGAGUGAGGGAGGACAACCUGGUCCUAACGUUGUAACUUUUCCUAAAAGCCAACAAGUUGUUGUUCCUUCACCUCUUCAGGCUGAGGCUGAUGCUAACAGUUCUACUGCUAAAACUUCCCAUCCUAUUGUAAUUUAUCAGGUUUAUGCAAUAGGAGCAUUCUUUCUUUCACAAUGGAUUUGGGCAAGGUGGAAUGAGAGGAAGGCUCGCGGAGGGUCUCCCGAUGACGAAGGUCGUGGACCUCAGGACAAUAAAUAGAAUUUUUAUUAGUUAGAUUUAUACAAUGCUACUUCAAUAUUUUCACAUUUUAUGUUUGAAAGGAAAAAUUGUUUCAUUUUAAAGAUUUAAAUAUUGUUGGAGAUGCUCAUUGUUAUUUACCAAGGGUUGGAAUAUAUUUGAUUUAUCAUCAU